CGAAGAGGGAUGGCAGCCCCACUGGAAACGCACGGUGUAGAAUGAGCAGGCAGCUGAGAGGAGACGUACAACGCAGCCAGCUGCCAUUUCGACACCGUAGCUCCAGCCCUCCAUUUUAUUUUUAAUUCUUCAUUGUCCCGGCUCUCCCUUUCCUAGGGGGUUCGGGUUCUCUCUGUCUGCCCACCCCCACCCUCUCGCUAUUCUCACAGCCCAGCGUCCCCCUCCCCCACGCAACACAUACACACACAAACACACUCACACGCACACAUACACACACACCCCUCUAACACACGCACCCCCACGCUCGCCAGCUCCCCCCCCCUUCCCCAAGCAGCCGUUUGCAACUCAAUGGACCGAUUUCUUGGGUUUCACUGACUUACGCCUUCCCCAAGAUGAGAAAUUGCAAAAUGGCCCGGGUGGUUAGUGCACUGGGGCUGGUCAUGCUCAGCGUCGCCUUGCUGAUUUUAUCUCUGAUCAGCUAUGUGUCCUUGAAAAAGGAUAACAUCUUCACCACUCCCAAGUAUGCCAGCCCGAGGGUGCCCCGAAUGUAUAUGUUCCACGCGGGAUUUAGGUCACAAUUUGCAUUGAAGUUUCUAGACCCAUCAUUUGUACCCAUUACAAAUUCUCUGACACAGGAACUCCAGGAGAAACCUUCUAAGUGGACAUUUAACCGGACAGCAUUUUUACAUCAAAGGAAAGAGAUUCUUCAGCAUGUCGAUGUAAUAAAAAAUUUUUCUUUGACCAAGAAUAGUGUUCGGAUUGGACAGCUGAUGCACUAUGAUUAUUCCAGCCAUAAAUAUGUUUUCUCUAUUAGCAAUAACUUCCGAUCACUGCUUCCAGAUGUGUCACCCAUUGUGAAUAAGCAUUAUAAUAUUUGUACUGUGGUUGGAAAUAGUGGGAUCCUGACAGGGAGCCAAUGUGGACAAGAAAUAGAUAAAUCUGAUUUUGUUUUCCGUUGCAAUUUUGCCCCCACUGAGGCAUUCCAAAAAGAUGUUGGAAGGAAAACCAACCUUACCACCUUCAACCCUAGCAUCCUGGAAAAAUAUUACAACAACCUUUUGACUAUUCAGGAUCGUAACAACUUUUUCCUCAGCUUAAAAAAGCUUGAUGGAGCAAUCCUCUGGAUCCCUGCAUUUUUCUUCCAUACUUCAACAACAGUCACCAGGACACUAGUUGAUUUUUUUGUUGAACACAGAGGUCAGUUAAAGGUGCAAUUGGCUUGGCCUGGAAAUAUAAUGCAACAUGUCAACAGGUACUGGAAAAACAAACGGUUGACACCCAAACGACUGAGCACAGGUAUUCUUAUGUAUACCCUUGCAUCUGCAAUGUGUGAAGAGAUCCACUUGUAUGGAUUUUGGCCAUUUGGAUUUGACCCCAACACUCGGGAAGACCUUCCUUACCAUUAUUAUGACAAAAAAGGAACCAAAUUUACGACCAAGUGGCAGGAGUCCCAUCAGCUUCCUGCCGAAUUUCAGCUACUAUACAGAAUGCAUGAGGAGGGACUGACCAAACUGACUCUGUCACAUUGUGCCUAAGAACUUCAAACUUGAAGUGCCAAAUGAUUGUUUUAAAAGUGCCCCAAACCAAAUUGAAUAUUCUUCAAAAGUAGAGCCCUUUUAGGGACACAUGUUUACUAAAACUAUUUUCCACAGCUUAAAAAAUCAAGGUGUUCUCUAUUGCCCUGCCCACUGGUCUGCAAGAGUCUUAGCACAUUUAGCAAGGCCAACAAAAACUCCACUUUUUUGAGCUGUAUGAACCUCUAAGGAAUUGAUGAAAGAAAUUUUACAUUUAUAGCUAUGCUAUUAAAUAUAUGUUUUAAAGUAUUUUCAUAUUGAUAUUUUAGCAGCAGAGAAACUGCUGUCUAUUUCAAGCAUUCCGUGCUAAGUAGAACUAGAGAUGGUGCUUUUCUGAGCUCUGCUCAGGAUAUAGGCAGAGCUGAGACAAGGCACCCAAGGAGAGAUUUUUAAAUGCCCCCCUUCACUCCUUCACUAGAACAGCCACAUCCCCACCCUCAUUCUCCAUGUUAUUUUCUACCAGAGACUUGGAACUGCCAAGGUGAUACAUGUGAUUACUUUACACAAAAUAAAUACCUGCAUAUCAUGGAGAGCAGAAUUUUCUGUGAUUCCAAGUAUGUGCAUAUAUGUAAAAACUAAUAUUUAAAAAUUUGCCUAGGUGCCCCACCCUUCUCUUCAUAUUUCCCCCUAGGCAGCCCCCUUUCCUCAUCAUAUUGCUGUGGCUAAUUCAAGAGGGAUCUCUGUGUAACAUUAUGUUCAGACUCUUUAAAUUGGUAUUAGAUAAAAAAAACCAGGUUCCAUAGCCUACCUACUUCACUCUCUCUCUUUGUUGUGUGGAAUUUUCUUUUGCUUAUUUAAUUGCCUUUUCCACUGUGGGUUGCGUGUUCGCUUGAUACAUUCAUGAUACUGAGUAACUUUGAUGCUUCCAUCCAAUUUCUUUUCAAACUGAAUAAAUUAUAAUACAUUUUCUGUUA